UUCUUUCCCCGUUUUUGGGAAGCGGCACUAAUGUGCGCUGAUGGAUGUCAGUGGCACAUUUUGCCUGCCAGGAGUUUCAGGGAAGCUGUUGGGUCAUGCAUGAUUUAAUUCACAUAUGCCCUUUUUAAGGGUCUGGGUGUUUGUGGCAAGGCAGAGGUCAGAGCUAGUUUAACACUAGGGAGAUGAUUUUGAUCCUUUCCUGGCCUCUGUCGAACUGUUUUAUUUCCUCAUUGUUGUUAACUUCUGAAGAAAACGUACUCAUGAUUGUUCAAACUGCUGUGAAUCUCCAGCAAGAGGCAGUGGAAGGAGUGCGAGCACAGGAAAAAUGCUAAGAUGAAUAUGGCUUGAUUUAUGAAAUGGGACUCUUGGAAAGAUGUGCCACCUGCUUUUCAGCUAUCCUUGGUUAUUUACCUAAAUUAAGUGAUGGAAACGUAUGCUAAAAACAACCCACUGUUACGUCUUUGGUAUUCAUGUCUCUGUGAAAAACUCUAGGAUGUCUCACGAAAACACAUCAACCGAUUGCUUAAAUUUAAUAACUACAUCUACUGAAGAUGAUGCCCUCCAAAAAAAAGGCCGUAGUGCAAGGAUCCUUAGCCCAGAAGAAGCCGAGAGGCUGGCAAAAGAUAAGGUUUUAGUGACUGAUUUCAAACAACUGAAACUGGAGGAAGAGGCACAGAAGAACUGGGAUCUAUUUUACAAAAGAAACAGCACCAACUUCUUCAAAGACAGACACUGGACAACCAGAGAGUUUCAAGAAUUAAAAGCAUGUCGGGAGUUUGAAGAUCAGAAGCUGACCAUUCUAGAAGCAGGCUGUGGGGUUGGGAACUGCUUGUUUCCACUCCUAGAAGAGGAUCUGAAUAUUUUUGCAUACGCCUGUGAUUUCUCUCCUAGAGCUGUUGAGUACGUGAAGAAAAAUUCCUUAUACAGUACUGAAAGAUGUAAAGUGUUCCAGUGUGAUCUUACUAAAGAUGAUCUUACAGAUAAUAUUCCAGCAGAUUCUGUGGAUGUUGUCACACUUAUAUUUGUGCUCUCUGCCAUUCAUCCUGACAAAAUGCACCUUGUCUUGAAGAACAUUUACAAGGUAUUAAAACCAGGCAAGUGUGUCUUGUUCAGAGACUAUGGGCUGUAUGACCAUGCAAUGCUCAGGUUUAAAUCUGGCAGCAAGCUUGGAGAAAACUUUUACGUUAGACAAGAUGGGACAAGAUCAUAUUUUUUCACCGAAGAGUUCUUGUCUCAGCUCUUUAUGGCUGAGGGAUAUGAGCAAGUGGUCAAUGAAUACGUUCAGCGAGAAACUGUGAAUAGGAAAGAAGGCUUGUGUGUUCCAAGAGUGUUUCUUCAAAGCAAAUUUCGGAAGCCUUUCACUAAAACAGAAGUUCUUGCUGACUAGCAAUAGCGCUGCUUGUUUAAAAUGGAAGCUAGCAUGUUGUUUUUCCUUGGCUAUGCUCUUCUGUAUUUGGUAAACCAGAAAUGACUGCAUCCAGUACCUCUUGUUGGUUUUCAUCCUCAGAUAUGCCAUAUGAAUGUUGAUUCUAAUUCAAUUUUAAGAUGGGUUAGUGAGGCGGGCAACUUGUUGAGCGUCUUCUGUAUUCCUGUUUUUAAAGUAAAUCCUGGACAGCAUUGUUGGAGGAUCAGGUAAGGCAGACUAAAUAUGGUUAAUUUUAAGCACUGGUUUUUUACUUGUUACUGGCAUAAUUACUGUUAUUUUCAUUUUUAUUAAAAACUCUUUUAAAAUAAA